CUGAUACAUCCGGGAUGAUUUUUCUUUUCCUCCAGGCUGAGGCUCCAUCUAUGGGCCCUGGUCGCGGACUGGCAGACUUAUGGUUGGUAUCUACAUAACCCACUGCUCCCGCUCUGCGGUGACCAGGAUUUCUUCGCGACCUCUUGGACCCUGCUUGUUUCUUUCUUUCUUUUUUUUUUUGUUUAGUCGUUCGUUUCAUAUUGGUCUCGCCAUCAUGGUCGAGUACCUGGGUUUGCAGGCGACAGGAUGGGAUCGGAUGACAGCGACCUGGUGGGGGAGGGUACUUGCAGCGUGUUUGCUGGCGACUAUUGUUCUUGGCAGUGUAUAUAUUCUGUUCCGCAUUGGGCGCAACCUGUAUAGACAUUGGCGGAAACGACAUGAGCUUUCAGAAGUCCCUGCUGCAACCGCGCGAUAUAUUGAGCACCUGAAGAAAAAGACACCGUUGCUAUACUCGCCGUCUGCCACUGUACGAGAACCCAAGUCGUUUGGAGUUUACCUGGGCAGCUUCGACAGCCCUCCUACUGCCGACCAGACUCGUAUACUGUCGCAAUGGGAGACAGUCGUACUUGAUCCCUUCCAGCAUGGUGUUUUAGACUCUUUGGCUGGUGUUACUGCUCCUACACAUACACUUGCUCGCCUGGACGUCGCAAGCCAUAUCCAGAUUGGCCAGAACUCGCGCCACGACGAAGCGAUAUGCGCCCUGUCUGGCCUUACCAGCGCACUCACAACUCGACUGCGGCGUCCACAAGACGCUCACUCCCUAUUCAACGGAGUAUUACUCUCGGAAUUUGACCGUUACUUCCAACCCGUCGUUAUGAACGAGGUAGUCAAGUUCAUCAACGGCCUCGGGCUCGAUGUCUGGCUAGAGGUUUCGCCUCCGGACUACCUCCCCGAGCGCACCUGUCGCGAAAUCGACAUGGAGCGAGUCCGAGGUGUUGUCUACCGCAACGGAACUAUUUUAGCAAAUGGCGAUCGCCGGAAUUACUUCGACAUGGAGAAAAUGCGCACUGUUAUGCGCGUUGUCGCGGCGCAAAAGCCCAUCGGGGAGUCGACACUCGCCAUGUGGGAGACUGUGGAUGAUGGAGUCGAGUUGCAACAUAAUGUCCUCCACCGCAGUUAUAAAUGGUGUAAUUAUAAUAGUGCCAUGAGCUGGAUUGGAUCGGAAUCUGCUUUGACCGACGCUGCGAUCGCAGCGAGGAAGACUGUCGUGCAUGAACCGAUUGGAGCCCUGAUGUGGAUGAAGGAUGAGAAUACCCUGGCUGCCCAUGAUGUCUGGCGGCAGAAUGAGGAUAUCUCGCCUUUGCCGUGUGAUCAUGGCAGUCUAUAUGACUUGCUGAAGUAUAUAAUUCCUAACCUGCGAGAGAAGCUUGCUCUCUAUCCUCCUGACCCUAAACCAGCCUCGGACGGGCAGGUGUUCGUUAUUGAUGAACUGCAAUGGCCAUCGCUCAGUGAACCUCUCAUGAUAAAUCCUUUUUCGUUUUCUCCGGAUGGAAAUGACUACUCAGGUUUCGGUUGCUUCCAGCUGGGAUUGGAUUGUACAGCCAAAGAUACUGAGGAGCUGCUGCAAGCUCAGCGCCAUACUCGAGACCUAAACCUCCUAGACCAGCUCAAGCAGCCAGAGCUAGGGAAUAUUGCUGAACAGCUUCAAGCAUUGGCAGACUCCAAAAAUGAAGGCUCUCGGGCUGCAAGAGAGCUGUGUGAUCUGCUCCUCUCUUGUGAUGGCAGCAAUAGCGACCCCGUCCGCAUAUACUCUGGUCUUCACUCUGGCUUUAGAACUCGCAUGGAAACCCAGAUCUGGGGUAUGUACCAACGCGAUGCGAUGGGGGUCUUAAAUAUCUAUCUCUCUGGUAAGACUGAAAAGGAGCGCGCGGGAACCAUCCUUCAUACCUACAUGUCCAGUAGAGGGUCUAGCCGGUACGAAUGCCUGAUGGCUGAAGUUGCUCUCUCUAUUUCCAACGACACUUUAUCGCAGCAGUGGCAGCUUCCUACUCGUAUCGUCAGUGAUAUUGAGCAGCUCACCCCGAUGGAAGCAAUGCUCUUUGUGCGCCGGUUGUCAUUGACCCUAUGCCAGGAAUGCGCAGACCUGACUGCAAAAGUUCGCGCCUGUUGCGAGCACUUCUUGAUGAAAGUUCCUAGUCUAGCCCAGCUCCGUGCACUCGGUUCUAGUGAGUACUUGAGCGGAAGAAUAUCUCCUGAUGAUUUAGUUGCUGCUCGCUUGGCCUGGUAUCGCGAGCAAGGGUGCUGGACACCAGAUGCUGCCGCUAGCACAGCCCUUUUCAAGGAAGUCGAUGCCCGCCUACCUGAAAUACUCAUCGACGGUGAUGCCAGGACCCUCAGACAGCUCACGACCAUUAUUCAAGGAACUCUUCACAGUGAUCGCAUUGAUGCGGGCGCUGAUAUGUUCGCCCUGGCUGUGUUCUGUGCUUUCCGCCGUCUGGCGUUUGACGAGAUAUACCUCGAAGUACUUGACCGCAAUCCUCUCCCUAAUGGCCACACUGUGCAAGCUGCUGUCUUCGCAGAGAUGUAUGCCCUGGGCGCUCGGUGUGAUCUGUACUUCGACAUGACGCCUAACGUGCUGGGCAAGAUCAUCUCAGCCCGUUACCGCGAAUACUACAACGCCCACCCACCCAAGCGCCGAGAGGAAUUGUUUACAGAAAUUCCAAAUGCGUAUGCAUCUAUGGAGAUCGACCUCGAUCCAAAAGGCGACGCGCAACGGGUACCUUUUUACUAUCGCAUUACUUUCCUCGGUAUCUUUGCCCUUCCUGCCCUGAUCGACAUCACCAUGUUGACCACCAUUGGACGCGGUCUUUAUCUCACGACCUUCAUGAGCGACGUCGACAAAACACUUGCCACAACAGCUCUCAUGGUAGCCCUCCUCGUCUGUGGUGGCUUUGGCGGCUGGAUUAGUUCAGGGGGCAGUUACUAUCUCUACGCCAUGGCCUUUCCUGCUAUGAGCAUGUUCGUCAUGACGCGAUUUAUUGCAGGCGUCGCUGUCACGUUAGUCGGUGGACUCAUUGCUUUGAUCGCAAUUGGAUGCACCAAGGGCUUUGCAGCUGGUGUUUUGUUCUUCUUGUACUUUUUCUUCCUUGCGACGUACCUGAUGUUGUUGUCUGUGCUGGCGAUCUACCAGCUCCCUGGAUUCCAGUUCCAGUCGGGACGUACGGUCAUUAUGAGCUGUAUUCCGAUUUUAUUUGUUGGUCCAAUUGUGACGCUGUGGGUUGGUCAUGACUCGGUUAUAUAUCUUUGCCUGUUAGGGCUUUUCUUGACUUCGCUCUUGCUCGGCGCCAGACGUGUCAUCUCGCAGUGGAAUACAUGGUAUUUGAACAUUCCCCGAGUAACAGAUGGGGAUGUUGUCAAUUGGUACAUGCAAACAAGGGAAUCGGACACUUUCAGCGCGACAGACAUUUCUUCUUCUUCUCUUCCGCGAAAAGCUCUAUACGAGGCUGUUCAGAGAGAAUGCCAACGCCCGUUCUGGUCCAAGCCUAUCAACGACGAUUUUGUCCGCAAAAUGGCUAAUGGAUACUCAGCGACGAUGUUUCUCCUGGUUUGGUACUGUCGGUAUUCGCGAACAAAAAUCCCCCUUCCCUACAGUCCGACCUGGAACCUGCAGCUCAAGGCCGCUGUUGAUACAAUGGGCGACAUGCAAAAGGGUCUAACCAUGCACAGCGCGUUUCUGCACUGGCGUCAUACUGGCGCCGAUGUCUGGUGUGGGAUUCUCUACUUCGUCAUCGCCCUGAUGGACAAAUGGACGGCGCUGCUUACCGGCGAGGCACUCGUUGGACUUUCCACUGCAUCAAGCUCAGAGUAUCGACUGUCCGUUGGCUUCGGACUGGGCUACUAUCUAGCUGGUGCUCUUAUCCUGGAUGCCGUAUCCCAGCCUCUCUGGACUUCUGUUCACCAGAAAAACAGCGAGGCGAUAUCAUCCAUUGGUAGCCUACGUGAAGUGCUAUCCCACAACUCCCGCGAUCGCCAGCGCCUGUACUGGACCAACCUGAUGAAAUUCUUCUUUGUCCAUAUCUGGGGAGUUACAGUUACUCUCUCGCUGAUGUGGGCAUUUGAACCAUCCCAGCGCGCAUCGAUCAUGUAUUUGGGAUAUAUAGGUGCUUAUAGUGGCCUGCUAUUCUACCAGUACAACCGUAUCUUUACUGGACCGGAAGCAGCGCGGUGCCUUGCAUUGGGAUCGGCUGUGGGAUUCAUAAUUGGGAUUGUUAUGCAUAAGGUGAUUCCACCCUUUACAUGGAGCAGCGUUAUCUCGUUGGCGUCCGGUACGUGGACUGCUGCCAUUUACUCCCUCUGGCUGUCGGACAUUGGGAUGCCAGGGUUCAAUCGUGGAACAAACUUCAAGAAGGGUUCCAGCAGUUCUCCAAAGCCGUCAUAUACAAGCAGCUCGUUGGAGCCCUAUUUGGACCUCUCGCCUACCACGCUCGCCCAGACAUUCGAUAAUAUCAAUGCCCUGCCAGAGGACGUGCGCUAUAAACUGGAUCCAUCAAGCCACCCCGGAAGUGAGGUAAAAGAAGUCAUCAAUGCAAACCUAGGAUCAAGGACAUCCGCCGUGGUUCAGGCUGCAUUCCCUAAUGCCGAAGAACUGCUGACCGAAGUCAUCCGUCUCUGGGUCUCUGGCCAGACAAUCAUUGAGUUCGUCUCUGCUGAACACCUUCUCCAGACAGAGCAACGAGUCCGCGCUGUUAGUCGUCUUGUCGACAACCAGCUUCACAUCUUCGUCGUGAUCGGGCCUGGUCUCGUCGGGCAAGACUGGACGACAAAUAUUCGACGCAACUGCAGAGCUAUCGCCGAGGCUGUCGUGCAGGCUACUGCGGAAGCGAAGUUGGGCUUUUCGCACGAUCAGGCCAUGCUGGCGGAGCUUCUCGUUGGUGAGCACCGCGAUGACUACGAUCUCUCUGUCCCUGAAGGUGUCAAGUACCAGCUUGAGAGGUCCCCGUCUGAGUGUUCUCGGGUUGCAAGCCAUGGUCAACGGACAUUGCUGCGCCAUCUCUUGCUCGGUAUUGAUUGCGAUCUGGAGUGGGAUGACCUCCCUAGGGCUGCCCGAUCACUCCUACUCCGACGUUGCUCUGGAAAGCCCGGGCGGGUCACUACAGAGGAGCUUAGCUGGCUUCAAGGGCGAGUGGGAGCACAAGACCUGCAAGGGGUCGGGGCGUUUGUUGCACGGUAUAACAUGGGCGUUGCCUUGUCCUUGUCAGUCAACUACUACGCCCAGCGUUGGAUGGACCAGGCAGACUAUCCAGACUAUCCCGUCUUCCAGGACAGCACAUAUGAAAAGCCCAUCCAGAGGGCCCUCCCAUCCCCACUUGGGACAAACGUGCGGUUUACGGAUGCGCUGAAGCUGUCCUUCACAUAUAUCCACCACAGUGUGAAGACGUGCCUCAAAUUUGUUAUUAUAUCCCUCGUCGCGGAUCCUCAGUAUCAGCGUGAACUCGAAUAUGUUCUUCGCGGACAGCCGUUGAUAUUCUCCUGGCCGGUGACAAUUCUGCUGAACAGCAUCUGGUCGCUCUGUAAACUUCUCCAGCGGAUUCUAAUCCCCCUUGUACUUCUUCACGGCCGCGACAAUAUCGUCAAUGUAUACAAGGGCACCCGUGGCUGGAAGACUGUAAUCGAAAAGGACAGAAUCGUUAUUGAAAAUCUGCAGGGGCCAGUAACCUGUUUCGGGAAAACUCAAGAUGACGGGCUUACACUUUUAUAUCAGUAUUCGGGAAGUCAUACCAAAGAGCCGGAGGACCAGACUCAACUGCUGGCUGUCAACACAUACACAGGAAAGCUUGUGCUUCAGCGACGUCAGGAAUACAAGGCCAGUAAACUGGAGAACGACUUUACUUACGAAUACGCGGAUAGCCGCAAUGGUCGAGGCCGCAAACUUCCUAUCCAGAGGGAAUGCACCGCAGGGGAGCUGGAAGGGCAAAUCGUCCAGUACGACGAUAGCGGAUAUAUUGUGUCUGGAUCUGGCAUGCAGGGUGUCAAUCCAAUGCAGUUCAAAUACCGCUUCCGGAAGAAUGCAAAAUUCGACGACGAGCUGCUACGUGCUGAGUAUACAUUCCCUCAUAUCCAGAUCAAGGUGGCCUGGUGUAUGCCGCCACCGAAUCGUCCGGAGCGUGAGGACAAAUGGAUUCCUUAUCCCAGGGUCAGCAGGGCUACUUUCAUUCAGGGCGAGGAUGUGCACCAUGCGAAGUGGACGUAUGAUCACAAAUUCCACCCAGUUAUCAAGACAACACUCAAUGGGCAAGAUGUGCCCACGCCCCCUAUGAUACAGGAUGAUUGGUUUCAUGUGCUUCAGAAGCCUACCAGGAGUAGCUUCCUACACGACAACCCUCUGUUCUUCUUCAGGUCGAUCAAGACAAAUGCAAUUACGAGGAUGCUUGGAUUGAACGUCAAGACCAGACCGAUUCCAACCUCUAGAGCCCGAACACAUCUGUGGAAGUCAUGGAAAGGCAGCAAGGAGUUCGACGCGGUGACUACUACCUGGCUGGAUGAACUGCUCCUACGAUCUGAUCGCGUUCUUGGUCCGUACUGGAGAAAUCGCGAUUUCGGUCGCCUCGAUGCCGCCGGUGAUUACCUUGACGGCCAGGUAGAUACUAUCCUCGCUCGUGUUGAUAUCGACCCGGAGGUCAGUUCGUGGACGCAAAUGGCUUUUAAGAUUAGCGACCUCUACAGCUUUGGAAUUGGCGGUGAUGCCAGGAUUAAUACACGCACACUCUCUACGCAGCUGCAAGACACGGACACUCGACUGCAUGUCCUGGCAAUGGAUACGGCGACCUGGCCCAAUGAACCUGGCGGUGUCUCUGCCUGUCGUCGGGACAUGGUGAAUGACUUGAAGGGUAUAAGGUGGCACAUUAUCUCUGAAAAUGCCAACGAUUAUGGAGUCCCGAAAUUCCAAAUAGAGAGAAAUGUGCAGUCCCUGACUGUUCUACCGCAAUGGGGUCUCGACUUUCUCAAUCCAACCCACGGCGUGUUCCAGAAUACCCUCGAUUCAGCCGUCGUGGAACGUUCAUUAGAUACGAGGAAAGAGGACAUCAGGAACCACUUUAUCCCAAUCCUCACGAAGCUUGUUCGCUGUGCACGGACGACCAACCUGAAGCGCCACAAUAUUGAGGAGGCAACGAAUGCCCUUGUCGACCUGAAUACAUACUUCGAGUCCGGCCGCAGCUGGAACGACGUGUGGAUGAGCGAUAUAGUGAAGAAUACAUGGCGUGAGCUGUGGCUUUCAGACGACGUCGAAGACACAACUCCAGUCUCGAAAUGGUGGGAUGCAGAGCAUCCAUCACUGCAGCAGCUCGAUACGGCGCUGGAUAUGUGGCAUCGCUACCUCUUCAUCUUUUCCAUCCCCGUGCCCGAGCGCAUUCCAGACGUCUUCCAGGCCUCGCAUCACUUCACUGGUGCAACGUACGGUGUCCUCUGUAAAGCGAAGCGCAAGUGUUCCCUCCAUGUAUGGGAUCACUGCGUGAGCUUCCGAGAGGUCACCGUCUUCUUGUCUUCUGCUGUCUCGUUUGAUUCUGCCUUUGUCAACAACACUUUGAUAUCCCUUGGCCAUCUGGCGUGUGUCCUAGUUGAGCACCAUGCCGACGUCGUCUUGCCAUGCGCCGAGUACUUUAACCCUGGGUGGGAGAUUGAAUUAGGAACGGCUGAAGGGGCUCUCCAGCACCGCCGUGCCUUUAGGCGUAAGAUUGACCCUGUGGUCAAUGGGAUCACCAGUAUGGAGAGGUACAAGCCUAUCGAAACUAUCAAGACUACGACGCCUACUGUCGUCAUGUUGUCGCACAUUCGUUACGUGAAAGAUAUAAAGACGGCCAUCCUGGCCACCGACCUCAUUGUACAUAAAUGGGGCUUCAAGGACUACAAGCUACACAUAUACGGAGACAUGGAGCGUGCUCCAGCCUAUGCAUCCGAAUGCCAGGAAGUCAUCGCAUCCAAAGGACUGCGAGAUAACGUCAUGCUCAAGGGUCUAGGAAACCCAUCCGUCGUUCUCCAAGACGCCUGGCUCUUCAUGAACUCUUCCAUCUCUGAAGGCCUGCCCCUAGCCAUGGGCGAAGCAGCCCUAACCGGCGCCCCAGUCGUCUGCACAGACGUCGGCGCCUCAUUCUGCGUCGUUACAGACCGUGCCACAGGCAAACGCUUCAGCGAAGUCGUCGCUCCUAACGACGCUGAUUCUCUCGCGCGCGCUCAACUGCGCGUCCUGGCCCUCUUGGACAAAUGGAGUCCCUUCGCCGAAGACUCACCAGGGGAAAUUGUACCGACCCUCGAAUUCCACCCAACCCCCGAACAGAUAAAGGCCAUUUCAGACCGGAUAUAUGCCAAAGUUCCCCAGCGACGGAAGUUCGGUAUGCUGGGGCGCAAGAACGUACAGAAUAGUUUCUCGUCGGACAGGUAUCUCCGCGAGCACGAGCAGUUGCUUUGGCUGGGGAAGUAUCAGAGCCAUAGCUAUAUUGCGAGGACAAGUGCAGUUUCGUCAAGCAAUUCCAGUGCCGCACUAAUUAAAGAGAAGACGGCGAUACAGAGACUCUAUGUUGGAAAUUUACCGUCUACACCGGACUCGAUAUAUCAGCCUGUGCCGGCGAGGGCGUGGCGUGCGUGGAGGGAUUCCAGACAUGCCAGUUCGUCGGGGAUGCAUACGCCGGUGCUGGUUUAAUACUUACGUAAUGUUUAUAGAUAUAGAUUUGAUGUUAAUUUAAUUGUUUCAUGUAAUGAGGUUUGUUUUGAACCUCUUCAGACGGAAAGUACGCUCUCCUUGUAUCUGAGGAAUGUCCCCUUGCCUUGGCGUCACCGUGGAAACGAGCAGUCGUCCAUCGCUCCUUCUCUGGGAUAAUUGGAGAAUUCUUCUU